GGGAGGAGGAGGAAGAGGAGGAAGGAGGAGCCGCCGCCGCCGCCGCCGCCGCCGGCCGGCGCCGGGGAUGGUGUUGGCCGCGGCUGCCGGGCCCUGACGCCUCGCUCAGGUGGGAAGCAGCAGUGAUGCUAACUCUGGCAAGCAAGCUGAAGCGGGAUGACGGCGUCAGAGGCCCCCGAGCGCCCAGCGCAGCGUCCGACUCCACUCGCAGGGUGUCUGUGCGGGACAAGUUACUCGUUAAAGAGGUUGCAGACCUUGAAGCUAAUUUACCUUGUACAUGUAAAGUGAAUUUUCCUGACCCAAACAAGCUCCAUUACUUUCAGCUAACUGUAACCCCAGAUGAGGGCUAUUACCAAGGGGGAAAGUUUCAGUUUGAAACUGAAGUUCCUGAUGCCUACAAUAUGGUGCCUCCAAAGGUAAAAUGUUUGACAAGAAUCUGGCACCCAAACAUUACAGAGACAGGAGAAAUCUGCCUAAGUUUAUUGAGAGAACACUCAAUUGAUGGCACUGGCUGGGCCCCAACUAGAACCUUAAAGGAUAUUGUCUGGGGGUUAAACUCUUUAUUUACUGAUCUUUUGAAUUUUGACGAUCCUUUGAAUAUUGAGGCUGCAGAGCAUCAUUUGCGUGACAAGGAGGACUUUCGGAAUAAAGUGGAAGAUUACAUUAAGCGCUACGCCAGAUGAUGAAGGGGAUGGAUGGAUGGCAGGACCACGGCUCCAGAGCUGUCCUUAACCUCAGCAGCAGCCAAAGCAGCCUGGCUUGUACCAGUCCUGUGUCCAUGUUGUUCUGAAGAAGAAAACUAACUUCAUAACCUGUCCAUGUUCAAAGGAGAGUUCAGCAUAAAUACAGCAAGAAUUUGUGUCUUGGUUGAAAAAGUUGUCUGCUUCCUUUUACAAAUGUUUACUCUUCUGAACUGUACUGUAUAUCCUGUUGAUGAGAUAUGCUUGAGAAGUUAAAAGAAGUCACUAUUGAAAUUGUAAUUACACUUUUUUUUAAAACUCUUGCCUAAUCUAGGGUGGGGGGGGGGGAGGAAAAAAGCAAACCCAAACAGCCCAAGCAGAAAAGGUGGCAUGUUUUUGGAACACUUCGAGUUGGCAAUAAAUGGUCUCCUGUGAACCAAAUCACUAAACUGUUGCCUUUGAUGAGCAGAAAAAACAAAAUGAGCUUUUUCUGAGAAUCACUCAGCUGAGGCUUAGAGCUUGCCAGAGUGGAAGUGCAAAAUGAGAUUCUACUUCUGGUAUUGAAGUUCUUGAUGCUGUUUAAUGUAAGUAUGUUUUUGUCACAGUUUGGAAUUUUUACAUGGUUAAUUUCAGGCCCUGUUUGGGCUACGGGUUUUUCUUUGGUUUUUUGUUUCUAUUCAUUGUGUGAAAUAGUUAAAAGAAAUACAAGCUAAUAUGUAACUUAAGUACAUGUUUAGUAUUAGUAAAAUUAUAUAUAUAAAUAUAUAAAAUAUAUAUAUUAUAUA